AUGAACGAUGCAGUCAACUCAUUGCUGACUGAGCAUUUCAGUUAUACGCCGUUGUCCCUCAUCGACGACAUCAUCAACUCUAUCAACAACCUCAUCUACCAAGCUAUCUCGAGUCUCGAGACCGGUCUCCUAAACACCCCUCCCGAACGACUCGGUUUCGGCCAUGCCAACAACGCGUCUACAACGAUCCCGGACACCGACGCCGAUGGAAACAUUGAAUACCCAGAAGCGACGCUAGAGAUUGAGAAUGGAUUACAUCAAUUAGAAACGCUGUUUGAGUCCUCAGUGGAUAAAUCGUUUGAUAAAUUCGAGAUUUACGUUUUGCGAAAUAUCUUUACGGUUCCGGACGAUCUUGUGAAUUAUAUGCGACUGGGGCAUUAUGAGAAUCUGUCGUUUUCGAACCAAGACAACAAUGCUCCAACGCCGGAGUCAAUAAACAUGCAGCGGAAAAAGCUCCGAGAAACACGCAAACUCCAGCAAGCACUACAGCAAGAAUCCAUACAAAACGAAGCAGUCAUAGCGCAAUUAAAAUCAGUACUUUCAAUGGUGCAGGAUUCAGCGCAGAAACAACCAGUUGUCAAGACUGACUCGAAUGCGCCUGCAACAACACUUCCAAAUCUGUCCUUCCUCACCUCCGGACCCGCCGCAACCACGCUCCGCGUCGGCCAAAACAACUCCCUAACUACAAACACGGACUUUGUCCUCUCACAACUCCCCGCGCUGCAUGCCGCGACACAAAAACUACGCGCAAAGUUAUUGACCCUGUCUACUACCACCGCUGUUUCUAGCAACGCCACAAAGCGCGACGAGAGACGGGAAUAUAUCGAUAGUAGAAUCAGGCUACAUCUUGAGCGCUCCGGUGAACCUGCUUUUGGCGAUGGGCAGGCGGCGAUUGCUGGACGGAAAAUAUCCGGUGCUGAAGCUCAGGCGCUGGAGGCUGCGGGAAAUAUACUUAAUGAUGGGAAAUAA